AUGCGGCAAAUUUUCCUAGCCGCCCUCCUUGUGGUGGGGAUUUUUGCAGUGGAAGAGACGAAAGAAGAGGAUGGCCCAAUUGUUAACACCAAAUACGGACCUGUCCAAGGCCUGAAAGUCGAAGCAAAAGACGGGUCCACAGCUAAUGUUUUCCUUGGAAUUCGAUAUGCCAAUGCCCCGGAUAAUUUUCAUCGAUUUGAGAAACCCCAUAUCGUCGACAAAUGGGACUUUCUGCACCAUGCCACAAGAUUCCGGGCAGCUUGUAUCCCGGUACACAGUGCACACGUCAAUGAUCGCCAGGACUUCAGCGAGGACUGCCUUUUCCUGAAUAUCCUGACGCCUUCUGACCUUCAAAGCGCACACCCAGUGAUGGUAUUCAUCCACGGCGGUGGUUUCGCAAUCGGAAACACGGAAGAAUAUGGCUACAAGAAGCUUGUCGAUCACUUUGUUGCCAAGGGCAUUGUUGUCGUCACCAUUCAAUAUAGACUGGGACCUCUUGGCUUCUUUUCUCUCGGAGACCCGACUGCGCCUGGAAACAUGGGUCUCUGGGAUAUGGCGACGGCUCUAGAAUUCUUGCACGAUGUCCUCCCCGCUUUCGGAGGCAACGUCAACCAAAUCACCGUAUCCGGACAGUCUGCCGGCUCCUCUGCCGCCAGUGCUCUAACUUUUUCACCUCAUGCUGAUGUCUAUUUCCACCAAACCAUCGAGCUUUCCGGAUCAGUUUUUGCCGAGUAUUCACUAUCGGAGUCGGUCGUCGAGAACUCCUUCGCCCUGGCCAAAGAGCUAGGAUGCCAGAAAAACAAUGAAAAAGACACCCGGAAAAUCCUGGACUGCAUGAGGGAGAGGACUGCACAAGAGAUUCUGGAUGGUGUUGAUAGGAUUGGCCCGAGCCGCACUCAUCCGAACUUCUUGAAGUUCCAUCCCAGGAUUGAUGGCGAAUUCUUCCCGUAUGCUCUGGAUCAGAUGUUGAAAACAGCGCAGCCAAAGCCGGUGCUUUCUGGAUUUACAGAUCAGGAAUCGGCAAUGUUUGCCAGCGGCUUCGAGGGCUACCCUGCCUUCAACGGCGUCCGGCUCACCAAGGAGGACCAGAAGAACUUUACUCGAGACGCGUUCUUCAAAUUCAUCUCGGAAAACGUGGCUACUGAGCAUGAGCAUGGGCGUAAAAUGGGCCCCUUCCUCGAUCUCCUCGAAGAGUACUACAUCAAGCGCGACGCUCCGGCAGAGCCAGACACCAAAUUUUACGUUCAGAGGUAUACUGAGCUCCUCUCCGAUCUGAUGUUCGUCGUCCCAACGCUCCAUGACCUCGAGCUGAGGCGUCUGCAGAAUUGGCCCAGCUGGCUGUACCAAAUCACCUACACGUCGUCGCUUGAGAAGAAGCUGGAGCGCGACAAUAAGGGAGCCUGGCACGCCACCGAGCUGAAGUACCUCUUCGACAUCUUUGGGAUUAAGGACGAAGAUUUGGCGCCGGAAGAUGCUAAAUUCCAAAGGGCUUUUGUCGAUAGCUUGGCAAAAUUUGUGAUUAAUGGUAAUCCCUCAACCGACUCAUUCAAAUGGGAUCAAGUUUCGAAAGACAAGCCCUGGACCUACGCCAACUUUGCCGAGACCCCGAAAAUGGAAAAGACCUUCGACCCGCAACUCGUCGAAUUCUGGCUGAAGAGAAUUCCGAAAGCCGUCGGAAGCGACCACCUGAGCAAAAGCCGACUCCCCGGAGCCCAUGCUCACCGCGUGCACACUGAACUU